AAUAAGUCUGGCGCGAUAUUAGAGUUUGAUUCAACGGAAAGCAGCAUAACAGCCAGAGGAUUUAAAGGACGGUUUCGUUUCAUCCUUCAGCGCAACGAUAAUCCACUCCCAUCAGCGGGAAUAUCAAGCGGUCAAGAUGAUGACUCCGAUUUAUCUAACGCUCAAAGUGAGCAGUCAUAUGGGGCGGAGGAUAAACCGAUCAUCAAAGAGAUUUGGAUGAACAAAAACCAACGCACUGGAUUGAUUGAAAGCCCAAACUACCCGGCGCCCUAUCCAGCUAACAUACAAAUCCUGUACAUAUUUCACAUCCCAACGGACACAAACUUGCAGCUGAAUUUUCUUGACUUUCGCCUGAGUGAUUAUUCCCAAUCAAGGUAUCCAGUUGUCGGAGGUGAUCGUCUGGAAUUCUAUGAGGGUCCAGCAAUAAACAAUAAGCCUAAACUCACACUUUUUGGUAACCACAUCCCAGACGAACUUCAAAGGCAGUUGUCACCCAAAGACGUUAGCGUGCGAACAACAAAAACCUACACACUUCGCUUCCUCUCCGACCACAUUGCAGCAGGGAAUGGAAGAGGGUUUCUUCUGUCCUAUGAGUACGGAAGCAUGAAGAUAGAUGACGUCAUCCCACCGAAAAACGCAAAAAACCUGCCAGGCAGCAUUCGCAUUCCAAGUGAAUUGAUCCCAUCGCCACACUUAAUCAACCUUCCUGGCAACACCGAUGAUUGUCAAUUCACCAUCAGGAGUAACGGGCAAGAUGUAUUCGGUAUGGUACCUCUUCCACGGCACCUAACUAUGCAAAUAUUCACAUCGAAACAAACCAGAAACGGUUACAACUCUUCCUGUCGUUGGAAACUCCAAGGGGACCCUGGUCAGAGAAUCCGGUUGAGGUUACUUCGGCGGAAGGCAAAAGAUGCUGCUAAAGGCCCCCAGUUCCAGACUAGCUUUAUACAACAUGAUGAAGAGGCUGGCAGCCGUAGAACAUUAGCUCCACAACCUGAACUCCCGGAUAUAGAAGAGAACCCCCAGCCACCGUUCCGGCAACUCAGGUGCUCAACACCCCUAACUGUGGAACUGAUAAAUUACCUUCAGGAAGGUAGAACCAACGCCAAUCCUGUGCAUCUUCGAUCAACAUCGGACACGGCGGCUUUGAUCGGAUCUGCCCACUUCGUGCAGAAAGACCGCCAACAAUCGUCGUUAAUACCAUCAGAUCCAGUGUUUUUUUGCGCUGAUGAAUCAGCCAUGUCCUCGCCGGCUGGAAAGGGCUUCAUGUCCGGCCACAUACCCAGAAUGGAUAUUGUCUUACGAGUAAACCGAAUGAUGGCGGGCAACAAGCCAAUCAAAGCUUUUGAAACAAUUCCACAUUUACCCCCAGAUUUAGAUUACGAUAUUGAAUAUCAGUUCGUCACC